AAUAAUAAAAAAUUAAAUAUAGUUUUAAAUAAUGAAAAAAAUAAUAAUUAUUAUAUUUUUAUAAACCCAUUAUUUAAAAAGACACCAGUAUGUUAUGUAAAAAUAGAAUCAGUUGAUAAUUUAAAAGAAGCUUUAAAAUAUGCAAAGAGUUUGAAUAAGAGGGUUUCAAUUAGAUCAGGAGGGCACUCAUGCUGUGUUUUUUCAAUAUUAAAUGGAACUGUUAAUUUAGAUAUGAGUGGCCUAUCAAAGAUUCAAGUAAAUGUAGAGGAGAAAACAGUUACAGCUCAAUCUGGGGCAACAAUGCUCGAAUAUUACAAAGAAACUACAAAAUAUGGACUUGCUUCUCCCGGUGGCUCCUGUCCAUCUGUCUGCUUGGGUGGUUUAGCUUUAGGUGGUGGCAGUAAUAUGCUCUCAAUUACACAUGGCUAUAUGUUAGAUAAUAUUAUAGAAAUUACUAUUUUACUUGAGAAUGGUGAAGUGGUCAGAGCAAAUAAAGACAAUCAAUAUUGUGAUUUAUUUUGGGCCUUAAGGGGUAGUGGUCACACAAAUUAUGGUAUAGUAAUCGAUUAUAAAGUAAAAUUACAUGCUAUUGAACCUUUCUUUUAUCACAAUACAAUUGAUUUACCAUUUGACCUUAUAAUUGAAAACAAUACAAUAAUUAAUGACUAUUCAAAAUCAAUGGAUAAAAGGGUUUACCUAGGAAUAGAAAACAGAAUAACUGCCAAAACCAAAAAGCUCACAUCAAUAGUAAUUUUCUUUUUCAAUGGGCCAGUUGUAGAUGGGGAAAAAGAGUUUAGAAAAUUAGUAUCAUUACUCAAGCAACCAAAGGUUAUCGAAAUAGAUGGAGAAAAGGUUAAAAAAACAUUUGUACAAAUUAUAGAAAGAGUUCCUUAUGCAAACAAACCAAGAAGAUCAUACACUAAAUCAAGAUUUAUGAGUGAAAUUAAUAAAGAAUCAUCUGUUGCUAUUAAAAACAUUAUGGAAAAGGUACCGCAAUUAUUAAAUGAAAUGGUUAUAAACGACAACAUUGUAAAUUUUAGUGCAAAUGUUUAUUAUCAUGGUGGUGUUCAAAACAGUAUCUCAAAAGAUGAAUGUGCAUUUAUACAUCGUGGAUAUGGGAGUUUAUGGUCAAUAAACUUUAUUUGCUAUUAUUUAAAAGAAGAAAACGAUAAAUUGUUCUCAACCUGGAAAAACUUUUUAUUUCAAUAUUUAGACAAAAGUUUUGGUACACAAAUCUAUCAAAACUAUCCAGAUGAUGAAGUAAGCAAUUGGCAAGAAAGAUACUAUGGUCAACACUAUUCAAAACUUCAACAAAUUAAAUUAAAGUAUGACCCAAAUAAUUAUUUUAAAUAUCAACAAUCAAUAGAAUUA